CAACAACCUCACGACGACAAUCGACUCGACGUAUCAGCAAAAAUGGCCCCACGUUCAUACUCCAAGACCUACAAGGUCCCACGUCGUCCCUUCGAGAGUGCUCGUUUGGACUCCGAAUUGAAGAUUGUCGGAGAGUAUGGUCUCCGCAACAAGCGUGAGGUCUGGCGUGUCCAGUUGACUCUCUCCAAGAUUCGUCGUGCUGCCCGUCAAUUGCUCACCCUUGACGAGAAGGACCCAAAGAGACUUUUCGAAGGUAACGCCCUCAUUCGUCGUCUUGUCCGUGUCGGUGUCCUCGACGAGUCCCGCAUGAAGCUCGAUUACGUUUUGGCCUUGAAGAUCGAGGAUUUCAUGGAGCGUCGUCUUCAAACCUGUGUCUACAAGCUCGGUCUUGCCAAGUCCAUCCAUCACGCUCGUGUCCUCAUCCGUCAAAGACACAUCCGUGUUGGUAAGCAAAUUGUCAACGUUCCAUCCUUCGUUGUCCGUCUCGACUCCCAAAAGCACAUCGACUUCGCAUUGAGCUCGCCAUUCGGAGGUGGACGCCCAGGUCGUGUCCGCAGAAAGAAGGCCAAGGCUUCCGAGAAGAAGGACGAUGAUGCCGAGGAAGAGGAUGAGGAAUAGAGGAACAUUUUGAUACCAAAAUAUUUCCUAUCUACAUCAUGAGGGUUACACUUUAGCAGGGGUUAGGGCCGGUUACGCAUGUAAAGCAGACAUCUCAGCGUCGAGCUACAAAAUAAAAGCCGUAUUCCAUGAUGAAUUAUUAAUGAUCACUUUUUUAAUGACUUUGUUGUUCCCAGAAUAUGUCAUUAAAAGAAUAAUCUGUGACUUGAUCGAAGAAUCAAUAUCGGUAUGCGUUCAACAAC